CCCAGUGAGCUUCCAGCGGCCGUCCAUGUUCUUGAACUCUCCAGGCUCCAUAAUCCCAAGCGGCGUAGCCUUUUUUUUUUUCUUUCCUUCCUUCUCCGAUCUCCAGGAACCUGCGAGAACUGUUCGAAUCCUCUUUUACCUUUUCAAAUUCACACGCAAAGCUCGUAUCAGUUAUUCGUUCUCACUUUCACAACGAAGUAGAAAAGUGGAAAAAUUUCGACAUUAUAGCCUGAAAGAUUGACUUAGUUGCUGGAUUUUGUUUCGCUAAUGGCAACUACAUCAUCGGGAGUUAACCUUAAUCUCCUGCCAUCAUCGAAGAGUUGCAGCAGCAGAAGAGCCUUGUUUAUUCAGCCUGAGUUCUCACUUAGCUUUAGUGUGAAUCCUAGAACUCUAAAGACUUUGAAACCACUGAAAGAUUCGAGAGUUAAUGAUGCAUUUCUCACAAGGAAAUUGGAGAGAUCAGGGAGGGGUUCUCGGUCACUUAGCAUUCGGUGUGAGGCUUCUAAGGAUGAAAGGAUCACUCAGCAAGAUUUUACAGAGAUGGCUUGGCAAGCCAUUGUUUCUUCCCCAGAAAAUGCAAAAGAGAACAAGCAUCAGAUAGUAGAGACAGAACAUUUGAUGAAGGCUCUAUUGGAGCAGAAAAGCGGGCUUGCCCGUCGCAUCUUCUCCAAGGCAGGAGUAGAUAAUACCCGCCUUCUGGAAGCUACUGAAAAGUUCAUUCAACGGCAACCAAAGGUUUUUGGUGAAUCAGCUGGUUCUAUGUUAGGACGUGACUUUGAAGCUCUGAUUCAGCGAGCCAAGGAUUACAAGAAAGAUUAUGGGGAUUCCUUUGUUUCGGUUGAGCAUUUAGUACUUGCUUUUACACAAGAUCAGCGCUUCGGGAAACAGUUAUUCAAGGAUUUUCAAAUUUCUAAAGAGAACUUAACCUCUGCCAUGCAGUCCGUUAGGGGACGCCAAACAGUAAUUGACCAAGAUCCGGAGGGGAAGUAUGAAACAUUAGUAAAAUAUGGAAUAGAUUUGACAGCCAUGGCAAAGGUGGGUAAGCUUGAUCCAGUUAUAGGAAGGGAUGAUGAGAUACGAAGAUGCAUACAGAUCCUCUCGAGGAGAACAAAGAACAAUCCGGUACUAAUUGGUGAGCCAGGUGUUGGAAAAACUGCAAUUGUUGAAGGGCUUGCCCAGCGGAUAGUGCAAGGUGAUGUGCCUCAAGCUUUGAUGAAUCGUAAGUUGUUUUCCCUUGACAUGGGUGCGCUCAUUGCUGGGGCAAAAUUCCGGGGGGAGUUUGAGGAUAGACUGAAAGCCGUACUCAAGGAAGUGACUGAAUCUGAAGGGCAGAUAGUUCUUUUCAUUGAUGAGAUCCACACAGUUGUUGGGGCAGGUGCCACAGAUGGUGCCAUGGAUGCUAGUAACUUGUUGAAGCCUAUGCUCGGUCGUGGAGAGUUGCGGUGUAUUGGUGCAACAACACUGAAUGAAUAUCGUAAAUAUAUUGAGAAGGAUCCAGCCUUGGAGCGUCGGUUCCAGCAGGUUUAUGUUGAUCAACCUAUGGUGGAAGAUACAAUCUCUAUACUACGUGGGCUGCGAGAAAGAUAUGAACUGCAUCACGGAGUCAGAAUUUCUGACAGUGCACUUGUUGAGGCUGCAAUUCUUUCUGAUCGUUACAUUACUGGACGCUUUUUACCUGACAAAGCCAUUGAUCUAGUUGAUGAGGCAGCUGCAAAACUGAAAAUGGAAAUCACAUCAAAACCAACUGCCCUUGAUGAGAUCAAUCGUUCUGUAUUGAAGCUGGAAAUGGAGCGGCUCUCUUUCAUGAAUGACACAGACAAGGCUUCAAAGGAUCGAUUGAAUCGCCUUGAAGCUGAGCUCUCUCUCUUAAAGGAAAAGCUAGCAGAGUUAACACAGCAAUGGGAGCAUGAGAAAUCUGUCAUGAUGCGGAUUCAAUCAAUUAGGGAAGAGAUUGACAGGGUAAGUCUUGAGAUUCAGCAGGCUGAGCGGGAGUAUGAUCUUAAUCGUGCAGCUGAACUAAAGUAUGGAACACUCAACAGUUUGCAGCAUCAACUCGAAGAGGCACAGAAAGAGUUGGAAGAAUAUAGGAGAUCUGGAAAGUCCAUGCUAAGGGAAGAGGUAACAGGGGAUGACAUUGCGGAAAUAGUCAGCAAAUGGACUGGUAUUCCUGUCUCAAAGCUGAAACAAUCUGAGAGAGAGAAGCUUCUACAUUUGGAAGAAGAGCUGCAUAAACGUGUUGUUGGUCAAGACGAAGCAGUGAAGGCAGUAGCAGAGGCUAUCCAACGGUCUCGAGCUGGUCUCUCAGAUCCUAACCGUCCCAUUGCUAGUUUAAUGUUCAUGGGUCCAACUGGUGUUGGCAAGACUGAACUGGCCAAGGCCCUUGCUUCACACAUGUUCAGCACUGAAGAAGCACUGGUGCGGAUCGACAUGAGUGAGUACAUGGAGAAGCAUGCUGUCUCAAGAUUAAUUGGGGCCCCACCUGGUUACAUUGGGUAUGAGGAAGGUGGACAGCUCACAGAGGCAGUUCGUAGGAGGCCAUAUUCUGUUAUUUUGUUUGAUGAAAUUGAAAAGGCUCAUGCUGAUGUGUUCAACAUUUUCCUUCAGAUUCUGGAUGAUGGGAGGGUGACCGACUCACAGGGCCGCACUGUGAGUCUCAGAAAUACUGUUAUUAUUAUGACUUCGAAUGUGGGGUCACAGUACAUUCUCAACACAGAUGAGACAUCAACGGAUGCAACUUAUGAAACUAUAAAACAGAGGGUGAUGGAAGCUGCUCGAUCAAUCUUUCGUCCCGAGUUCAUGAACAGGGUUGAUGAGUACAUAGUUUUCCGGCCUCUGGACCGCGAGCAGAUAACCAGUAUCGUGAGACUACAGUUGGAACGUGUGCAGAAAAGACUCGAGGACCGGAAGAUAAAAAUUCAGGUAACUGAUGCAGCAGUUCAGCUCCUAGGGAGUCUUGGAUAUGACCCCAAUUAUGGUGCCAGGCCUGUCAAGAGGGUGAUCCAACAUUAUGUUGAAACUGAACUUGCUAAGGGUAUUUUGAGAGGAGAGUUCAAAGAUGAAGACACAAUUUUAAUAGAGACAGAGGUAACAGCUUUCGCAAACGGCCAGCUCCCCCAGCAGGAACUAGUCUUUAGGAAAAUAGAUUCUGGUUCAGACACGCCGGCAAUGGAAGAUCAGAAAGCCUUCUCUCAGAUUCUUUGAUCAUGCCUCUUUCUCACCUCAGGUCUCAUGUAAAGCUUUAUAUCCUUUAUGCAGUCAAACCCAACCUUUGUGUACCAUAAUAAUCCAGACCUUUUGUAACUGAGAGAGUAUAAUUUAUGGUUCUAUCUUUUUGGCCA